CGGGCUCACGCUUGCGCAGUACAGCGGCCUGUAGGACGCAUGUGCAAAUCCAAGAGGACGCUUUCGGGAUGAACCCAUUAACCAAAGUGAAGCUGAUCAACAAACUGAAUGAGCGUGAAGCAGAGCUGGGAGUGCAGGAUAAGGUCUCCUGGCACGCAGAGUAUAGCGACAGCGCCUGGGUGUUUGUGGGGGGAUUGCCAUAUGAACUGACUGAAGGGGACAUUAUCUGUGUAUUUUCACAGUAUGGAGAAAUUGUGAACAUCAACCUGGUACGUGAUAAAAAGACGGGGAAAUCCAAAGGUUUCUGCUUCAUUUGCUACGAGGAUCAGCGAAGCACUAUUCUUGCAGUUGAUAACCUUAAUGGGAUAAAGAUAAAAGGAAGGACAAUCCGGGUGGACCACGUGGCCAACUACCGCCCACCCAAAGAUUAUGAGGAUACGGAUGAGAUUACAAAGGCUCUCCGUGAGAAAGGAUGCGGUAUUAAAACCCCUCCCCCAAGUUCAGCUGAACCCUCAGAAGAUGAUGAAGUGGAAGUAAAAAAGCACAAGAAAGAAAAAAAGAAAAAGAAGAAGAAGAAAGAAAAGCGAGAGCAUCGGAAACACUUGAAAGAGGAACCUGCUACAGAUGUGUUUCCCCCCAAAUCCAAGAUAAAAGUGGAAAAAGAGGACCCGGAUUAUGAACGCUAUGCUAGGACAAACCAGGAAACUCGGGGCAGCACAUCUGGGUUCCGCCCCCAGAGUAGGAUGCCACAAGGAGAAGAGCUCAAAUACGAUAGCGGGGCAGAGCGAUCUCGAGAAAGAGGCUCGGAAAGGGACAGAUACGAGCGCAGAACGCCCCUCGGUGAGGAGAAGCACAAGAAAACAGAGACCAUCAAAGAUAGACACUGCUCAUCGGGAAGCCGAUCACGUGAUCGCUCAGAAAAUAGAGACAGGCCUCCCUGGGAGAAAUCAUCAAAUCGUUAUUAACUCAAACUGCUCUGGUUCUCUCCUUGCACACGCGAGAAAGGGCUUGCUCUAGGCUUUGUGGUCAGAACAUUGGCUCUGUGAAAUAGGCAGGGGGGGACAGCGCAACGUUAAAAUUUGAAAAUGCAGGAGGAAACUCUGGUGUGCUCUUUGGAGCAGUGGUGCCUCCCGGUUGCAGUAAAGGCCUGAAUUCCAGAUGCAAAGCAGCAGUACAUUCCCCCACUUCAGCAUCUAGGCUUUAAUAAAUCCACUUUUGAACUGUUACCGUGUCUUCAGCUUCCCAUUUCUGCUGCUUGGACUUUUGCAUUAAUCCUCAUUUAAGUUGCAGUACAGCAACUGAAGAAAAGGUGCCGGAGAAGGUCUGUGCUCUGGCAGUUUGAGUCCUACUACCCAUGGGAUGGGGUGAGCCCUCCGUCCCUUGCCUCUCCUGCUGCCAACCUAGCAGAUCAAACGCCAUGUAAAUGCAAGUAGGUAAAUGGGUACAACUUCCGUGGGAAGGCCACAGCGUUCUGUGUUUUGCCCUGUGUUUUGCCCUGCAGCAGGAUGCCAUGCCGGCCACGUGACUGCAGAAACGUCGUUGGGCAACACAGACUCCUGACUUGAAGAGCAAGAUGUGAGCACCGCCUUCCAAAGUCUGCUACGACUAGUGAAGUAAAACCCACAGUUACAUCUUUACCUUUGCUUUGUUGCAAUAUAACUGUUUGGCAAGGGUUGAGCAGUCUUUUCAAGACAUGGGCUAAAUUCUCUUAGCUAAGCGAUCAGAAUAUCCACACCUGAGCUUGACUGGAGCAAAGCAGAAACAUUGGUUCAUCUCCUUCUCCAGUGGUGGGAUUCAGCCAGUUCAUAUCAGUUCACGCAAGCUGGUUGUUAAAUUACGCCCACAUCCCGCUAUCCAAGUGCAUGCUGGGCGCUGUGCUGCAAUGGAGAAACAAGCAAUGGAGCAGCUGACGCAAAGGAAUAAGACCGCUUUCCCUCUUUCGUCUCCCGGUUCCUCCAUCCCUCGGGUCGACCGCUCUGCGUGGAGAUGUUUCUCCUUUCUCAAUGGAGAAUGCAAAUAUCAACAAAAUAAUCCUUCCUUAAUUAGUGUGAGCCUGAGUAAUGCAACUCAGCACAAUUAUCAUUAACCUGAUCCUUCCUUAACAAAGAUGAGACAACAUCUGGCACGUAGGCAUAUUCCAUCACUCGCAACAACAUCUGGUUGUCUAUUAGCUUACUCAAACAUAGCUUGGAUUUUUGUCUAGCUAAUCCAAUCAGCAUAAGUAAACUUUGAUCAAUUAGCUUCUGCCAGUUUCUGUCACGUAAAAUGUUUUUAUGACAAUAAAAGGAGAGCUCUCACAAGCUGUUGAGAGUGCCUUCACAACCUUC